AUGAUAUUCUACAGAGAGGAUGCCAAAUCUCUUACUGCUAUUGCUGAACUCUUAAAGGACUAUGGGAACUUUUCUGGCCAGCACUGCAAUCCUUCCAAAUCUCUUAUAUAUGCUGGUGGAAUGUCUAAUUCUAGACAUAGCAGUUUGGCUAACCUUAUUGGAUUCACUAUGGCUAACCUUCUUUUCAUUUAUCUUGGACUCCAAAUUUUUGUAGGUAAACCUAAAGCUUGUUACUUUAUGUACAUUGAAGAUAACAUUAGGCUUAAAUUGAAUGCUUGGAAAGGUAUAGCUCUGUCUAUGGCUGGGAGAACUCAACUGAUGAAAUCAGUUAUUCUUAGCAUGAUUGAGAUUUGGAUCAAAAACUUUGUUUCGAGUGGAAACAUGGAAAAAAGAAGCUUGUCACCGUUGCUUCGAAAACCGGCUGCAGGAAAAUGA